AUGCAGUCAACCAAAGUUUUCUUGCUUCUAUCGGCAAGCAUUUGUCUUGUACUUGCCGACGAUCUGUCCAGUUCGAGCUUCGGCUAUGGCGUAAACGAUCCAGCUACCGGCGACGUCAAGGAUCAAGCCGAAACCAGAAUUGGUGAUUCCGUUUCCGGUUACUACCGGACGCUCGAUGCCGACGGUUUGCUGAGGACGGUCAACUACAAGGCCGACGAUUUUACCGGAUUCAACGCCGACGUCAAACGCGAACCCGUAAACGACGCUCCAGCUCCAGCUGUAGCCCUAGCCCCAGCUCCAGAACCAGCUACCAUCCCAACAAUCGCCUUAGAAGCUGCUGCACCAGCUCCAGCAUUCCCGAUCGCCGAACGGAUCACCGAGCCGGUCGCUAACGACGCACCGGCACCGGUUGCAGUAGCUGCACCCGCGCCAGCAUACCCGAUCGCCGAGCAGUUUGCUAACGACGCACCGUUGCCAGUUGCAGCUGCACCCACACCAUUCUACCCUUACUCCCCGGAAUUCGCUUCACCCGCACCUUACUCUUUUGCCCCAUACAGCUCCAGUUACCCGCAGAACUACCCUAGGGCCGCGCUGUACUCUUACGGAGCAUACAGCUCCCGUUACCCGCAGAACUACCCUAGAGCCGCGCUGUACUCGUACGGAGCAUACAGCUCCCCGCAGUUAUACCCAACUGCCGCUGCACCGUACAAUUACGCCGCCUACGAUUACGGACAAUUCUACCCAGCCACCAAAGCCGCCAUCGCGCCAGCUUCGUCUUACUCGUACGCCUCAUCUGCACCAGCUCCGUACGUCCCAGCCGCACCAGCCUCAUCUUACUCGUACGCUUCAGCUGCACCAGCCCCAUAUGUCCCUGCCGUCAAAGCUGCCAUGUCUUACUCAUACGCCUCAGCUGCACCAGCUCCGUACGUCCCAGCACCACCAGCCGCACCAGCCUCAUCUUACUCGUACGCUUCAGCUGCACCAGCUCCAUACGUCCAAGUCGCACCAGUAUCGUAUGUCCCAGCCUUCAAAGCGGCCAUCGCACCAGCCACGUCUUACUCGUACGCCUCAGGGUCAGCUGCACCAGCUCCGUACGUCUUAGCCGCUCCUGCUCCGUAUGUCCCAGCCUUUAAAGCCGCCAUCGCACCAUCAUCAUCUUACUCGUAUGCCUCAGGCUCAGCUGCACAAGUCCCAAACGCGGUGUUCUUGCUCCUAUCGGCGAGCGUUUGCCUUGUACUCGCCGACGACCUGUCCAUUUCGAGCUUCGGCUAUGGCGUAAACGUUCCAGCUACCGGUGACUUCAAGGAUCAAGCCGAAACCAGAAUUGGUGAUUCCGUUUCCGGUUACUACAGGACGCUCGAUGCCGACGGUUUGCUGAGGACGGUCAACUACAAGGCCGACGAUUUUACCGGAUUCAACGCCGACGUCAAACGCGAACCCGUCAACGACGCUCCAGCUCCAGCUGUAGCCCUAGUCCCAGCUCCCAUCCCAACAAUCGCCUUAGAUGCUGCUGCACCAGCUCCAGCGUACCCGAUCGCCGAACGGAUCGCCGAGCCGGUCACCGCUAACGACGCACCGGCACCGGUUGCAGCAGCUGCACCCGCACCGUACGUCUACUCUGCUUACUCACCGGCGGUCGCUGCACCCGCGCCGUACUUGUACGGUGGCUACCCGCAGUUCUACCCUGUCGCCAAAGCCGCACCGUACUUGUACGCCCCGUACAGCUACCCGCAGUUCUAUCCAGCCGCCAAAGCCGCCAUCGCGCCAGCCUCGUCUUACGCGUACGCCUGCAGUCCUGCACCAGCCCCGUACGUGGUAUACUCACCGGCAAGCGCAUACGGCCCUUUCCCUCAAUACUACAAAAAAUAA